UCUCUCUCCAUCUCUCUUCUCUCCCUCUCUCUUCUCAUCUCUCCCUCUCUCCUCACACCUCUCCCUCUCUGUUCUCUUCUCUCCCUCUCUCUUCUCUCUCUUCUCAUCUCUCCCUUUCUCCUCACACCUCUCCAUCUCUGUUCUCUUCUCUCCCUCUCCUUUAUCUUCUCUCCCUCUCUCUUCUCUCUCUAUCCCUCUCUCUUCUCUUCUCUCCCCUCUCCCUCUCUCUUCUCUCUCUCCCUCUCUCUUCUCUUCUCUCUCCCUCUUCUCAUCUCUCCCUCUCUCCUCACACCUCUCCCUCUCUGUUCUCUUCUCUCCCUCUCUCUUCUCUCUCUUCUCUCUUCUCUCCCUCUCUCUUCUCUCUCUCUCCCUCUCUCUUCUCUCCCUCUCUCUUCUCAUCUCUCCCUCUGUCUUCUCUCUUCUCUCCCUCUCUCUUCUCUCUUCUCUCCCUCUCUCUUCUCUCUUCUCUCCCUCUCUCUUCUCUCUCUCUCCCUCUCUCUUCUCUCCCUCUCUCUUCUCAUCUCUCCCUCUCUCUUCUCUCCCUCUCUCUUCUCAUCUCUCCCUCUCUCUUCUCUCUUCUCUCCCUCUCUCUUCUCUCUUCUCUCCCUCUCUCUUCUCUCUCUCUCCCUCUCUGAUCUCUCCCUCUCUCUUCUCAUCUCUCCCUCUCUCCUCCCACCUCUCCAACUCUGCUCUUUUCUUCAUACUCUCUCCCCCUGUCUCUUUCUCUCUUGCACGUUCUCUCUUCCUUUCUCUCUCUAUUUUAUUUUCACCCACCCCCCCCCUCUCUCUCUCUCCCUUUCUAUCUUUCCUUUUAUAUCCCCACUCCAGUGCAGUCUAGCUGGUUCUGAUGUCUGGCAGGGACACAGUGAAAAUAUGUUUGUCUUUGGUGCCCCCUUCUGGUUGUAUGAAACAUAACUAUACUGUAGCUUUUGGAAAGGUGUGUCAAACUCAAUUCCUGGUGGGCUGUAUGUCUAAGGGUUUUCACCCCUUCCCUUAAACUUGAUUGAUCAACUAACAUCAUUGAUUAGUUAGGAACUCCCGUUGUUACCUGGUUGUGUAGGUUGUAGCUCUUUACACCUGUACAGGUAUACAGGUUGAACUCCCGUUGUUACCUGGUUGUGUAGGUUGUAGCUCUUUACGCCUGUACAGGUAUACAGGUUGAACUCCUGUUGUUACCUGGUUGUGUAGGUUGUAGCUCUUUACGCCUGUACAGGUAUACAGGUUGAACUCCUGUUGUUACCUGGUUGUGUAGGUUGUAGCUCUUUACACCUGUACAGGUAUACAGGUUGAACUCCCGUUGUUACCUGGUUGUGUAGGUUGUAGCUCUUUACACCUGUACAGGUAUACAGGUUGAACUCCCGUUGUUACCUGGUUGUGUAGGUUGUAGCUCUUUACACCUGUACAGGUAUACAGGUUGAACUCCUGUUGUUACCUGGUUGUGUAGGUUGUAGCUCUUUACGCCUGUACAGGUAUACAGGUUGAACUCCCGUUGUUACCUGGUUGUGUAGGUUGUAGCUCUUUACACCUGUACAGGUAUACAGGUUGAACUCCUGUUGUUACCUGGUUGUGUAGGUUGUAGCUCUUUACACCUGUACAGGUAUACAGGUUGAACUCCUGUUGUUACCUGGUUGUGUAGGUUGUAACUCUUUACACCUGUACAGGUAUACAGGUUGAACUCACGUUGUUACCUGGUUGUGUAGGUUGUAGCUCUUUACACCUGUACAGGUAUACAGGUUGAAAAUGGCAGAUUUGGCCACUGAUAAACAGUUGCAUUGAAAUACAGUGGCUAAAUGGAAUACUUUAUGUUUUUUUGAACAGCCAUUCUGAACCGUAAGAUGCCUCCAUCCCUCCUGGUUAUUGGGCAAAUUAAGAUCUCAGACUCAAUGUAUUUUGAAAGAUGAAACAUUAAAGAUUACAAUAAGUACCGCUUUGAUGUCAUUACAAGCAAGCCAAAUGACCAGUUGACCCAGAUUGUGAUAGAUAAAAUACAGUUUUUGGGUUGCGUAAAUAACAACAGUAAUUGUGAGAUGGUGGGGGAUGCAGGGCUGUGUUCCAAACAAAACAACAACAAGUGUGCUUGAUCUAGUUCCUCAUCGGCAUAGCUAGGAGAGAUAACAAUUAAAAAUAAACACCUUAUAGUUGAAUAAUCUUUUUUGAGUCAUAAAAGUUCAUUGAAAUUACUUGAACUAUGCACACUUGGAGAGGUGUGUGGGAACUUGGAGAGGUGUGUGGCCACUUGGAGAGGUGUGUGGCCACUUGGAGAGGUGUGUUGGAACUUGGAGAGGUGUGUGGCCACUUGGAGAGGUGUGUGGCCACUUGGAGAGGUGUGUGGGAACUUGGAGAGGUGUGUGGGAACUUGGAGAGGUGUGUGGGAACUUGGAGAGGUGUGUGGGAACUUGGAGAGGUGUGUGGGAACUUGGAGAGGUGUGUGGCCACUUGGAGAGGUGUGUGGCCACUUGGAGAGGUGUGUGGGAACUUGGAGAGGUGUGUGGGAACUUGGAGAGGUGUGUGGGAACUUGGAGAGGUGUGUGGCCACUUGGAGAGGUGUGUGGGAACUUGGAGAGGUGUGUGGGAACUUGGAGAGGUGUGUGGCCACUUGGAGAGGUGUGUGGCCACUUGGAGAGGUGUGUGGCCACUUGGAGAGGUGUGUGGGAACUUGGAGAGGUGUGUGGCCACUUGGAGAGGUGUGUGGGAACUUGGAGAGGUGUGUGGCCACUUGGAGAGGUGUGUGGGAACUUGGAGAGGUGUGUGGGAACUUGGAGAGGUGUGUGGCCACUUGGAGAGGUGUGUGGCCACUUGGAGAGGUGUGUGGGAACUUGGAGAGGUGUGUGGGAACUUGGAGAGGUGUGUGGCCACUUGGAGAGGUGUGUGGGAACUUGGAGAGGUGUGUGGCCACUUGGAGAGGUGUGUGGGAACUUGGAGAGGUGUGUGGGAACUUGGAGAGGUGUGUGGGCACUUGGAGAGGUGUGUGGCCACUUGGAGAGGUGUGUGGGAACUUGGAGAGGUGUGUGGGAACUUGGAGAGGUGUGUGACCACUUGGAGAGGUGUGUGGCCACUUGGAGAGGCGUGUGGGAACUUGGAGAGGUGUGUGGGAACUUGGAGAGGUGUGUGGCCACUUGGAGAGGUGUGUGGCCACUUGGAGAGGUGUGUGGCCACUUGGAGAGGUGUGUGGGAACUUGGAGAGGUGUGUGGGAAGUUGGAGAGGUGUGUGGGAAAUUGGAGAGGUGUGUGGCCACUUGGAGAGGUGUGUGGCCACUUGGAGAGGUGUGUGGCCACUUGGAGAGGUGUGUGGGAACUUGGAGAAGUGUGUGGCCACUUGGAGAGGUGUGUGGGAACUUGGAGAGGUGUGUGGCCACUUGGAGAGGUGUGUGGCCACUUGGAGAGGUGUGUGGGAACUUGGAGAGGUGUGUGGGAACUUGGAGAGGUGUGUGGGAACUUGGAGAGGUGUGUGGCCACUUGGAGAGGUGUGUGGGAACUUGGAGAGGUGUGUGGGAACUUGGAGAGGUGUGUGGGAACUUGGAGAGGUGUGUGGCCACUUGGAGAGGUGUGUGGGAACUUGGAGAGGUGUGUGGGAACUUGGAGAGGUGUGUGGCCACUUGGAGAGGUGUGUGGCCACUUGGAGAGGUGUGUGGCCACUUGGAGAGGUGUGUGGGAACUUGGAGAGGUGUGUGGGAACUUGGAGAGGUGUGUGGCCACUUGGAGAGGUGUGUGGGAACUUGGAGAGGUGUGUGGCCACUUGGAGAGGUGUGUGGCCACUUGGAGAGGUGUGUGGGAACUUGGAGAGGUGUGUGGCCACUUGGAGAGGUGUGUGGGAACUUGGAGAGGUGUGUGGCCACUUGGAGAGGUGUGUGGCCACUUGGAGAGGUGUGUGGGAACUUGGAGAGGUGUGUGGCCACUUGGAGAGGUGUGUGGGAACUUGGAGAGGUGUGUGGGAACUUGGAGAGGUGUGUGGGAACUUGGAGAGGUGUGUGACCACUUGGAGAGGUGUGUGGCCACUUGGAGAGGUGUGUGGCAACUUGGAGAGGUGUGUGGGAACUUGGAGAGGUGUGUGAGAACUUGGAGAGGUGUGUGGGAACUUGGAGAGGUGUGUGGCCACUUGGAGAGGUGUGUGGGAACUUGGAGAGGUGUGUGGGAACUUGGAGAGGUGUGUGGGAACUUGGAGAGGUGUGUGGCCACUUGGAGAGGUGUGUGGCCACUUGGAGAGGUGUGUGGCCACUUGGAGAGGUGUGUGGGAACUUGGAGAGGUGUGUGGCCACUUGGAGAGGUGUGUGGGAAGUUGGAGAGGUGUGUGGGAAGUUGGAGAGGUGUGUGGGAAAUUGGAGAGGUGUGUGGGAAGUUGGAGAAGUGUGUGGGAACUUGGAGAGCUGUGUGGCCACUUGGAGAGGUGUGUGGCCACUUGGAGAGGUGUGUGGCCACUUGGAGAGGUGUGUGGGAACUUGGAGAAGUGUGUGGGAACUUGGAGAAGUGUGUGGCCACUUGGAGAGGUGUUUGGGAACUUGGAGAAGUGUGUGGGAACUUGGAGAGGUGUGUGGCCACUUGGAGAGGUGUGUGGGAACUUGGAGAAAUGUGUGGGAACUUGGAGAGGUGUGUGGCCACUUGGAGAAGUGUGUGGGAACUUGGAGAAGUGUGUGGGAACUUGGAGAGGUGUGUGGCCACUUGGAGAGGUGUGUGGGAACUUGGAGAGGUGUGUGAGAACUUGGAGAGGUGUGUGGGAACUUGGAGAGGUGUGUGGCCACUUGGAGAGGUGUGUGGGAACUUGGAGAGGUGUGUGGCCACUUGGAGAGGUGUGUGGCCACUUGGAGAGGUGUGUGGCCACUUGGAGAGAUGUGUGGGAACUUGGAGAGGUGUGUGGGAACUUGGAGAGGUGUGUGGCCACUUGGAGAGGUGUGUGGGAAGUUGGAGAGGUGUGUGGGAAGUUGGAGAGGUGUGUGGGAAAUUGGAGAGGUGUGUGGGAAGUUGGAGAAGUGUGUGGGAACUUGGAGAGCUGUGUGGCCACUUGGAGAGGUGUGUGGCCACUUGGAGAGGUGUGUGGCCACUUGAAGAGGUGUGUGGGAACUUGGAGAAGUGUGUGGGAACUUGGAGAGGUGUGUGGCCACUUGGAGAGGUGUGUGGGAACUUGGAGAGGUGUGUGGCCACUUGGAGAGGUGUGUGGCCACUUGGAGAGGUGUGUGGGAACUUGGAGAGGUGUGUGGCCACUUGGAGAGGCGUGUGGCCACUUGGAGAGGCGUGUGGCCACUUGGAGAGGCGUGUGGCCACUUGGAGAGGUGUGUGGCCACUUGGAGAGGUGUGUGGGAACUUGGAGAGGUGUGUGGGAACUUGGAGAGGUGUGUGGCCACUUGGAGAGGUGUGUGGGAACUUGGAGAGGUGUGUGGCCACUUGGAGAGGUGUGUGGCCACUUGGAGAGGUGUGUGGGAACUUGGAGAGGUGUGUGGGAACUUGGAGAGGUGUGUGGGAACUUGGAGAGGUGUGUGACCACUUGGAGAGGUGUGUGGCCACUUGGAGAGGCGUGUGGGUACUUGGAGAGGUGUGUGGGAACUUGGAGAGGUGUGUGGCCACUUGGAGAGUUGUGUGGCCACUUGGAGAGGUGUGUGGCCACUUGGAGAGGUGUGUGGGAACUUGGAGAAGUGUGUGGGAACUUGGAGAAGUGUGUGGCCACUUGGAGAGGUGUUUGGGAACUUGGAGAAGUGUGUGGGAACUUGGAGAGGUGUGUGGCCACUUGGAGAGGUGUGUGGGAACUUGGAGAAAUGUGUGGGAACUUGGAGAGGUGUGUGGCCACUUGGGGAAGUGUGUGGGAACUUGGAGAAGUGUGUGGGAACUUGGAGAGGUGUGUGGGAACUUAGAUAGGUGUGUGGGAACUUGGAGAGGUGUGUGGGAACUUGGAGAGGUAUGUGGGAACUUGGAGAGGUGUGUGGCCACUUGGAGAGGUGUGUGGCCACUUGGAGAGGUGUGUGGCCACUUGGAGAGGCGUGUGGCCACUUGGAGAGGCGUGUGGGUACUUGGAGAGGCGUGUGGGUACUUGGAGAGGUGUGUGGGAACUUGGAGAGGUGUGUGGCCACUUGGAGAGGUGUGUGGCCACUUGGAGAGGUGUGUGGGAACUUGGAGAGGUGUGUGGGAACUUGGAGAGGUGUGUGGCCACUUGGAGAGGUGUGUGGGAACUUGGAGAGGUGUGUGGCCACUUGGAGAGGUGUGUGGCCACUUGGAGAGGUGUGUGGGAACUUGGAGAGGUGUGUGGCCACUUGGAGAGGCGUGUGGCCACUUGGAGGGGCGUGUGGCCACUUGGAGAGGCGUGUGGCCACUUGGAGAGGCGUGUGGCCACUUGGAGAGGCGUGUGGCCACUUGGAGAGGUGUGUUGGAACUUGGAGAGGUGUGUGGCCACUUGGAGAGGUGUGUGGCCACUUGGAGAGGUGUGUGGGAACUUGGAGAGGUGUGUGGGAACUUGGAGAGGUGUGUGGGAACUUGGAGAGGUGUGUGGCCACUUGGAGAGGUGUGUGGGAACUUGGAGAGGUGUGUGGCCACUUGGAGAGGUGUGUGGCCACUUGGAGAGGUGUGUGGCCACUUGGAGAGGUGUGUGGGAACUUGGAGAGGUGUGUGGGAACUUGGAGAGGUGUGUGGCCACUUGGAGAGAUGUGUGGGAACUUGGAGAGGUGUGUGGCCACUUGGAGAGGUGUGUGGGAACUUGGAGAGGUGUGUGGGAACUUGGAGAGGUGUGUGGGAACUUGGAGAGGUUUGUGGGAACUUGGAGAGGUGUGUGGCCACUUGGAGAGGUGUGUGGCCACUUGGAGAGGUGUGUGGCCACUUGGAGAGGCGUGUGGCCACUUGGAGAGGCGUGUGGGUACUUGGAGAGGCGUGUGGGCACUUGGAGAGGUGUGUGGGAACUUGGAGAGGUGUGUGGCCACUUGGAGAGGUGUGUGGCCACUUGGAGAGGUGUGUGGGAACUUGGAGAGGUGUGUGGGAACUUGGAGAGGUGUGUGGCCACUUGGAGAGGUGUGUGGGAACUUGGAGAGGUGUGUGGCCACUUGGAGAGGUGUGUGGCCACUUGGAGAGGUGUGUGGGAACUUGGAGAGGUAUGUGGGAACUUGGAGAGGUGUGUGGCCACUUGGAGAGGCGUGUGGCCACUUGGAGAGGCGUGUGGCCACUUGGAGAGGCGUGUGGCCACUUGGAGAGGUGUGUGGGAACUUGGAGAGGUGUGUGGGAACUUGGAGAGGUGUGUGGCCACUUGGAGAGGUGUGUGGCCACUUGGAGAGGUGUGUGGCCACUUGGAGAGGUGUGUGGGAACUUGGAGAGGUGUGUGGGAACUUGGAGAGGUGUGUGGCCACUUGGAGAGGUGUGUGGGAAGUUGGAGAGGUGUGUGGGAAGUUGGAGAGGUGUGUGGGAAAUUGGAGAGGUGUGUGGCCACUUGGAGAGGUGUGUGGCCACUUGGAGAGGUGUGUGGCCACUUGGAGAGGUGUGUGGGAACUUGGAGAAGUGUGUGGGAACUUGGAGAAGUGUGUGGGAACUUGGAGAAGUGUGUGGCCACUUGGAGAGGUGUUUGGGAACUUGGAGAAGUGUGUGGGAACUUGGAGAGGUGUGUGGCCACUUGGAGAGGUGUGUGGGAACUUGGAGAAAUGUGUGGGAACUUGGAGAGGUGUGUGGCCACUUGGGGAAGUGUGUGGGAACUUGGAGAAGUGUGUGGGAACUUGGAGAGGUGUGUGGGAACUUAGAUAGGUGUGUGGGAACUUGGAGAGGUGUGUGGGAACUUGGAGCGGUGUGUGGCCACUUGGAGAGGUGUGUGGGAACUUGGAGAAAUGUGUGGGAACUUGGAGAGGUGUGUGGCCACUUGGAGAGGCGUGUUGGAACUUGGAGAGGUGUGUGGCCACUUGGAGAGGUGUUUGGGAACUUGAGGAAGUGUGUGGGAACUUGGAGAGGUGUGUGGCCACUUGGAAGGGUGUGUGGCCACUUGGAGAGGUGUGUGGCCACUUGGAGAGGUGUGUGGCCACUUGGAGAGGUGUGUGGCCACUUGGGGAAGUGUGUGGGAACUUGGAGAAGUGUGUGGGAACUUGGAGAGGUGUGUGGGAACUUAGAUAGGUGUGUGGGAACUUGGAGAGGUGUGUGGGAACUUGGAGAGGUGUGUGGCCACUUGGAGAGGCGUGUGGGUACUUGGAGAGGUGUGUGGCCACUUGGAGAGGUGUGUGGCCACUUGGAGAGGUGUGUGGCCACUUGGAGAGGCGUGUGGGUACUUGGAGAGGUGUGUGGGAACUUGGAGAGGUGUGUGGCCACUUGGAGAGGUGUGUGGCCACUUGGAGAGGUGUGUGGCCACUUGGAGAGGUGUGUGGCCACUUGGAGAGGUGUGUGGGAACUUGGAGAGGUGUGUGGGAACUUGGAGAGGUGUGUGGCCACUUGGAGAGGUGUGUGGGAACUUGGAGAGGUGUGUGGCCACUUGGAGAGGUGUGUGGGAACUUGGAGAGGUGUGUGGGAACUUGGAGAGGUGUGUGGCCACUUGGAGAGGUGUGUGGCCACUUGGAGAGGCGUGUGGGUACUUGGAGAGGUGUGUGGCCACUUGGAGAGGUGUGUGGCCACUUGGAGAGGUGUGUGGCCACUUGGAGAGGUGUGUGGGAACUUGGAGAGGUGUGUGGGAACUUGGAGAGGUGUGUGGCCACUUGGAGAGGUGUGUGGGAACUUGGAGAGGUGUGUGGGAACUUGGAGAGGUGUGUGGGAACUUGGAGAGGUGUGUGGCCACUUGGAGAGGUGUGUGGCCACUUGGAGAGGUGUGUGGCCACUUGGAGAGGUGUGUGGCCACUUGGAGAGGUGUGUGGGAACUUGGAGAGGUGUGUGGGAACUUGGAGAGGUGUGUGGCCACUUGGAGAGGUGUGUGGGAACUUGGAGAGGUGUGUGGCCACUUGGAGAGGUGUGUGGGAACUUGGAGAGGUGUGUGGGAACUUGGAGAGGUGUGUGGGAACUUGGAGAGGUGUGUGGGAACUUGGAGAGGUGUGUGGCCACUUGGAGAGGUGUGUGGGAACUUGGAGAGGUGUGUGGUAACUUGGAGAGGUGUGUGGCCACUUGGAGAGGUGUGUGGCCACUUGGAGAGGCGUGUGGGUACUUGGAGAGGUGUGUGGGAACUUGGAGAGGUGUGUGGCCACUUGGAGAGGUGUGUGGCCACUUGGAGAGGUGUGUGGCCACUUGGAGAGGCGUGUGGCCACUUGGAGAGGCGUGUGGGUACUUGGAGAGGCGUGUGGGUACUUGGAGAGGUGUGUGGGAACUUGGAGAGGUGUGUGGCCACUUGGAGAGGUGUGUGGCCACUUGGAGAGGUGUGUGGGAACUUGGAGAGGUGUGUGGGAACUUGGAGAGGUGUGUGGCCACUUGGAGAGGCGUGUGGCCACUUGGAGAGGCGUGUGGCCACUUGGAGAGGUGUGUGGGAACUUGGAGAGGUGUGUGGCCACUUGGAGAGGUGUGUGGGUACUUGGAGAGGCGUGUGGGUACUUGGAGAGGUGUGUGGGAACUUGGAGAGGUGUGUGGCCACUUGGAGAGGUGUGUGGGAACUUUGAGAGGUGUGUGGGAACUUUGAGAGGUGUGUGGGAACUUUGAGAGGUGUGUGGGAACUUGGAGAGGUGUGUGGGAACUUGGAGAGGUGUGUGGGAACUUGGAGAGGUAUGUGGGAACUUGGAGAGGUGUGUGGCCACUUGGAGAGGUGUGUGGCCACUUGGAGAGGCGUGUGGCCACUUGGAGAGGCGUGUGGCCACUUGGAGAGGCGUGUGGGUACUUGGA